AAUCAUGUGAUUAUCUGCAGUCGCGCUGACCUGAAGAGACAGAUAAAGAUUCCAAAGUUACCUUGUGGUCCAACAUUGACGACGACAGACUACUGUGGAUUGAGGAUGCGGAUUUUGUGGUUUCUAUCAAAACUGGUUCUUCUGUCAUCAGUAACAUUGGCUAUUAAACAGAAUUCUAAACCCAACAUCAUAUUCAUAUUGGCAGAUGAUCUGGGAUGGGAUGAUGUGAGUUUUCAUGGUUCUGAGCAGAUUCCAACUCCAAACCUGGAUGGACUGGCUAGUAGUGGGGUAAUUCUCAACAACUAUUAUGUGCAAAGUAUUUGUACACCAACAAGAAGUGCUAUAAUGACAGGCCGAUAUCCCAUCCAUACAGGAAUGCAGCAUGAUGUCAUAUUAGCUAGUCAGCCCUAUGGCCUUGGUUUGAACGAGACUCUUUUGCCUCAGUACCUAAAAGAACUUGGAUAUGCUACACAUGCUGUUGGAAAGUGGCAUCUUGGUUUCUUCAAAACAGACUACACUCCCACAAGGAGAGGAUUUGACACCUUCUUUGGUUAUUACUGUGGAAAAGAAGAUUAUUGGGACCAUUCAAAUCGUGAGACAAAUGGAUGGGGAUUAGAUCUUCACAACAAUACAGAGCAUACAUUUCAGCCUGUCUGGACAGAAUGGGGCCAGUACAGUACUGAUAUGUUUACAGAGAGAGCCAUAGACAUCAUUAAAAAGCAUGACCCUUCCAAGCCAUUGUUUUUGUAUCUUCCUUACCAAGCUGUCCAUAGUGCAAAUUACAUUCAGCCAAUCCAGGCUCCUCCAGAUGAAAUCAAGAAGUUCUCCCACAUCAAAGAUGAAAACAGAAGAAUCUUUGCAGCAGUGGUUUCAAUCCUUGAUCAGAGAGUAGGACAGCUUGUUGAUGCACUCAAAGGGAGUGGUUUGUACAACAAUUCAGUGAUCGUCUUCUCGACAGACAAUGGUGGUCCUGCAAAUGGUUACGAUAUGAACAUGGCUUGUAAUUUUCCCCUGAGGGGCGUAAAAUGGACGUUGUGGGAAGGAGGCGUUCGUGGCGCGGGAUUCGUACACAGUCCUUUACUGGCCCAGAAAGGCCGAGUAAGCAUGGAUUUGAUGCACGUGACUGACUGGCUUCCCACACUGUACAGUGUAGCAGGAGGUGACAUUCAUAAACUUCGUAAUGUGGAUGGCUAUGAUAUGUGGGACACGCUUUCUCAAGCUUCUCUAUGUCCCCGCGAAGAGAUUCUUCUCAACAUAGACCCUGUCAGAGGUGACUCGGCUUUACGGUUCAGGCAGUGGAAGCUUCUUGUUAAUAUAAGUACAGACUGGAGCGGAUGGUAUGCUCCCCCCGGAAUUGAAUACUCCAACCAUUCUACUCGAGCUGCGCAUGCGUCGUUGAAGAAUGCUGUCGUUACUUGUGGUGAACCGCCAAGUUCCCCUCCUGAGUGUACCUCCGAGUUGGGUCCAUGCUUGUUUGAUGUUCUAGCUGACCCGUGUGAGUAUGUGAACCAGGCUAAAAACCACCCGGAUGUUGUAGACGGCAUGUUGCUUUGGCUUAAAGAGUACAGAGAAACGAUGGUGCCGCCAAGGAACAAGCCUUUUGACCCUAAUGCUAAUCCUAACAACUUCGGUGGAGUUUGGUCUCCUUGGAUGGAUUGAGAACUUGCUUUGUGAGUUAAACCCUUUUAAGAGAAAAUGAGGGAACAAAUAGACUCCUGAUCCAAGCCCUUUGAUAUAACUGUUAUUCUCGUAAACGAAAGUAUGUUCUCCCAGACAUCUGUACGGAUUAUCGUUUCGGUGUUUUCCUUCCUUUUCAUUGGCCGCCAUGAUAACUUUGGUUUUGGCGACAAUCAAUCGAAAGCGCUCUUGCGUUCAUUCAAUCACAAUUUAAAAUUGUCAGUUUUACGUCACAAAACUAAACUUACACAGCGUACUUUUAACCUUUCUUAGAUUACGAUCGACUUCUCCAUCUUGGAGUGCUCUGGAACAACCAGUAACUCUUUUUGUGACUCAAGUGACCAGACUCGUUUUUUUUAAUUAACAUAAUUGUUUUCUGAGUGAAAGAUCUAAUGUUUGGAAGAAAAGGAAAUCCCACAUCUUAAUACGUAUAUUGAAAUUUUAGGAGACCGUAAUUGUUUCGGACUUUAAAAAAAGUAAGUUCAAUUUGUUAGUCUGUGGAAUUUAGGAAUUUUGAUGUAUUUCCAUAUACUGAAUGUUGAAAAUGUAAUAAUUAGAUAGCUACAAGCAACGAAAUAUGUUUAACAAAUAGAUUCUAAGUUGCCGUGCGUCUGUUCAGUAAUAGAUCACAGAGGACGUCAAAAUGUGGUAAGAA